AUGUCGCUACUGCGCCGGUUAUCGACAACGUUUCUUAUCUUGCCCUCGCCAGCCACGUCGUCCUAUGGCGGCAGAGGCUGAAGCAGGCGGAGGAGGUCCGCCUAAAGAUAGGGCAGGAGGUCGAUGAGUCCUCGCCCGCCCUCUCUUUUGUGCCCAGGCUGCCGGCCCUGAGGAUGCCAGAUGCUAUCGUGUGCGACUGGCGAAGACGCAAGGGGGUGACACAGCCGAGCUGCCUCAUGCCAGGAACGAGGACGCGUGCCCUCGAUGUACGCAGGCUGCUUUGCGUACGCCACUGGAACAGACACUCUGUGAACGCAGCGCUCCAACACUCGGCUCACCCCAACACAUUACGGCCACAUCUUUGAAAUUGAUGAGCCAAGCCCCGCGCAUCCUCACAGGGCCCAAGGCUGGAUACUGAGGUUCCAGAAGGCGCCCUGCAGGCUCAACGUUCUGCACGCAGUGGCUAUCUCUCUGUAGUGGUCGAUCACGAGGCGACCCGAGACUAUCAAUACGCUUAACGCCACGCCAUCCUGCAAGUACAACGAACUUGUUACAAACCUGGGAUUGUGGAAAGCCCGUCCCGGGUCUGCGUCCCGGCAGUGCUACAGGAAUCGCCCGAAAGAGGCCAUACCGCCAAGCACGAUGAAAGUGCAGAUCCCACCGACUGGCAGAAGAAACGCAUACCUCAGAGUGAUACGAGAGAGGCGGAUGAACAUGCCCCAAUGCAGUGGCGGUGCCUCCUUUAUGCCCCAAUGCAGUGGCGGUGCCUCCUUUCCUUACCCACGACCAACAAACGGAUACAUGUCACAAUCACGGAUCCUGGCAAUGCCUCCAGGGCCGCGGCGCAUCGAACUUCAGCUUCUUCGUGAGGAUCUGCAGCCCCAGCGGCUUUCGGCAAUAGAAGCGGUGAUACUCUGAGACGAGACGCUCAGCCACGAGACCAAGCACCGUUCCUCCUGACACGUGGAGCCGCGGUAGAAUACCACGAGCUGUCUGGCAGGGCCUCUCUGCGGCCAGGCACUCUGGCUUGGCGCGUCGACGCGGCGGCGCCCCGGCGGCACGCUCUGCCGCUCGGACGGGCAGAAGGUCGCUGCGCCCCAAAGGUGAAGGGGCCCCAGGACACACAACGCAUCAAGAAGAGAAGGCGAGCGGUGUCACAUGAAACGGGCGCUUGGGCGGUGCUCGAAAGGUCACCACGCAAAGUGCUUCGCCGGCACGGAGGCAGAUUUGCCGCAGGCAACUGGAUGAAACUCCAACGAACAAGAAUCCAACGUAAUGAGCAGACACCGCCACAUACCUCCAGGAACCUGCAAAAAUAAGCUCGGCCAGGCUGCGCAGCUGACACACUGGUCACCGAACCACUCGAGGCGGCCGACAUGACGCUGGUCAGACAGCAGCAAGGACGUCUGUGAUUUGCGAACUGACUCCAGCUUUGCCAUUGAAGCGUCUGCUACUUGCAUAUCACCCUCGGCGACUCCCUGUUCGCGGCUCGCGGAGCAGGAAGCUCACCAGCGAGCCGAUUCUCAAAACGAACGUAGAUGCCCACUCCCAAGCCAAUGCGUUGUCUUCCUCCCGCAGAUGCCCACCCCCAAAACAGAGCAAUUCCCGGCAACUGAGACCAGUGCCUGAAAGAUGGGGAAGGGCCGAGGACGGUUGCCGAGUCCAUGUGGCUCGCCAGGGGAAUCCACCACCGUACCUGAAGCACAUCGUGGCAUUGCACAUGGCCCAUGCAUUUCUGAAUGCUGAGAGACCUCGGGGUGCGGCACGAGAGACGAGAACCCGAACUGUCGAAAGACGCUCACGUGCCAUAAUUACCUGACGGCUUCAGAUGCGAUUCGAUAUUCGACCAAGACUGAAUGGCUGUUGCUCCCAUCGCUUCCGCGCCCACACUCCUCGGCCGACAGCUUCUCCAGCUGCUCAAUAACCUCUGUACGAAGUGCUCGAUCUGGGACCAAAGACCAAACCGCCAAGGGCUCCAUGCUGAGGGGGUCUACGCUUCGACGCCGAAGCCACUGCAGCAAGGUUGCUUGGUCGUAAGUGUGACCACUGGAAUUAUGACAGCAAGCUCCAUGAUGCGGUGCGAGAUCCGACAGAUCAACUGCGACGGCACGAGCUCUUCCAACUCCGGCGCCAGCCCGGCCGGCUCGGUGGCGGCAGCAUCCAUGGCGCCACUUGAGCUCAUUAUUUUCGCCCGUGCAACGGCAGGCUGCACCACUCAGAACCUUGGCUAACGAGCCGAAUGUGCUUGGAUAGCGACAUCGGAUGCUCCAGCUCUGAUGGCGGUAGAAAUGGCGGUAGCAUCAGAGAAGAGAACCCAGAGGCGACAUGCUGGAGAUCAAGCAGCU